GAAUUAAAUACUAGACCUUUCAAGGGUGGUUUAGUAAUCUGGACAUCCUUUCUUCGCUAAGAAAAGAAUUUGGAAUAGAAUAAAGGCCGCAGAAGCUAACGACGACGACGACGACGUUAGAGAGACGAACCAGGAGGAGACCGGCAGACGACACUUGUAUAGUGACCGGAAAAUGCCGCGUGGUGCCAACGCCCCCUCUCGGACGCGUAUCUCCGCAGCAUUCGCCUUCGUUUUCACCUUCCUCACCGUCGUUGCCGAGUGCUCCAGCAAUAACUCCAAGGUGACAUGCAGCAGAACCUGUGUUGUCAUGAAUUGUGAUAACGUUGGAAUCCGAUACGGGAAGUACUGCGGAGUAGGGUGGACCGGUUGUCCCGGAGAAAAACCGUGCGACGAUCUCGAUGCUUGUUGCAAACUUCACGAUGAAUGUGUCGAUAAACAUGGUUUGGCCAAUGUGAAAUGUCAUGAGAGGUUUAAGAGCUGCAUAAAGAAAGUACAGAAGUCUGGGAAGGUUGGAUUUUCUUGGGAGUGUCCUUACGAGACAGCUGUGGCUACCAUGGUCCAAGGGCCGGAGGUUUCAUGCUUUCCGCUUCUCGGUGCUUUGGUCUUCCAAGCUCCUACGGGUUAAGGAGUGUUUUUUGUCCCUUCCUGACUUGUUUCAGUGGAGAUUGUGUGCCUCCCCGACCAGAUGCAGUGGAAGUUGUCUCCUAACCUCAUGGGUUGUGGAGUUUUGUGUUUGUUUUUUACUUUUCUUUGUGUUCUCUAACAAAAAGGCUUUCACGCAACGUUUGGAUUUGGGGUUUGGCCAUUUCCCCGUGUCGCCGGUGCUUCUCUGGCUGAGCCUCAAAAGUUUGUCUUCUUCACGGACCAGAUCUAUGUUAUUUCACCAGUUUUCUUUUUCAACACGCGUCUCCCAGUUGUCUUCGCCGCCGUGUUCUGGUUCGUCCAUUUCUUUCGCCGCUUGUUCUUGUCCGGCACGUGGUUGGUAUGUGUUGGGGAUCUCUCCCCGGUUUUUGGCGCGUGUGAGCCACGCUUUGCUUUUCAGGCCUUGGGUGGUGGUGGUUGGUGGAUUAUGACAAUUGUUGGGCUACUGAGGUUUCAGGGGACGGCGCGUGUGAUGCAUGCGCCGCCUCCAGUGGUGGUUGCUCCUCUUCUGACAUUGGCAGUGAUUGUUUGGUGCUUUUUGUUGUUGUGCUUGUUUGUGUGUAUUCUCUAAUUUCUAUGUGAUUCACAGUGUGUCUUUAUAAUACACAAAUAUAUACUAGACUUAUAUGUUGGCUUGGUAGAAAAAUCAGCUCUCUUAUCUUAUUAGGGUGGGCGUAAUUGUAAAGAGAGACUCUAUAAUAUGUUCAUGUAUUAUUUGUGUAUUGUUUAGACAGCUACUUUGUCGGUUCU